AUGGACAAAAUCACAGUCCACGAAUGGGGGCUGAUGAUUCUGGAUGAAGUCCACGUUGUACCAGCACAGAUGUUCAGGCGUGUAGUCUCAGCAGUGGCCCACCGCUGUAAGCUGGGUCUCACGGCCACGCUUGUUCGCGAAGAUGACAAAAUUGAAGACCUGAAUUUCCUGAUUGGGCCCAAAUUGUACGAGGCAGAUUGGCAGGAUCUGAGUGAAAAGGGACACAUUGCCCGGGUAGUGGGAGCAGAAGUCUGGUGCGAAAUGACAUCUGAAUUCUACCGGGCCUAUCUCCAACAGGAUGCAUCACGAAGACGAGUUCUUGCUACGAUGAAUCCAACUAAAAUACAGACAUGUGAAUAUUUGAUCAAAAAGCACGAACAACGCGGUGACAAGGUCAUCGUCUUCAGCGACAGUGUCUUGGCCCUGAAGGAGUACGCCGUGAAAAUGGGGAAGCCCUUCAUCUACGGCCCAACGAGUCAGACUGAACGAAUGCGCAUUCUCAGGCAGUUUCGGACAAAUCCAAAGAUCAACACGCUCUUCCUCUCAAAGGUGGGAGACACCUCAAUCGAUCUCCCAGAAGCCACGUGCCUGAUUCAGAUCUCAUCCCAUUUUGGAAGCAGAAGACAGGAAGCACAGCGACUUGGACGAGUCCUCAGGGCCAAGAAGCGCAGCGAUGCCAAUUUCAAGGCGUAUUUUUAUUCAUUGGUCUCAAAGGACACUGAUGAAAUGCACUACAGUGCCAAGAGACAGCAGUUUCUGGUUGAUCAGGGCUACUCGUUCAAGACAGUCGUUGGCAUCGAAGAGGCGCAGCAGAAUCCUGGUCGCCUCUACGCAACAAAGGCCCAGCAACGUGCUCUUCUUUCGAGCAUCCUCAGCAGAGACCUCGAGAGCGAAGCAAGUGAGGAUGCCGAUCGAAUUGGAAAAUAG